AUGAGUGAUAUCAUCGAAGUAGUCUCCCUUGAGGAUCAACGUCUCUAUCAACAGCAAGAGCAACGGGACACAUUUCCUGAUGUUGUUACCGAUGCCUUCUCAUUGACAAUUGGAAACAUGAUCGAAAUCCAUUUGAUUAAUGUCUCCGACAGAUCGUCAAACGAGAGCGACAAUGAUUUUCUACAGCAUUUUCCAUUGACCCCUUUACCCUACACAAUUAUAUUUGGUCUUAUCUGCGCAUUUCUGUGUUUUUUGACAAUAUCUGGAAACUUAAUCGUGCUCAGUAGUUUUCGACGAAUGCGAACAGUCGGCAAUCUAUUCAUACUAAGUCUCGCCACAGCUGAUCUGAUCGUCGGAUGUUUUGUUAUGCCAAUAGCUGGUAUAUAUGCAAUUAUGGAGAAAUGGAAUAUGGGUCUUAUUGUUUGUCAAAUUUGGAUAUCUGUGGAUUUCAUUGCUUCAACCGCAUCUAUCUUCAAUUUGUUAACGUUAAGCUUAGAUCGUUAUUGGUCUAUAACGUCUCCAUUGCAAUAUCUCGGCAAACGAACACGUACGCGAGCUUUAUUGUUAAUUGGUUUUGCUUGGGGUUUGUCUCUACUCUGGGUUGUUCCCAUAUUCAGUUGGCAUCAUUUCAAUGAUGGUAAACGAUAUAUCGAACCUGAUAAAUGUGAACCUGAAUACACACAUUCCAAAGUAUUUAAGGUGUCAACAGCGAUAAUUAAUUUUUAUUUACCACUCUUAGUAUUAAUAUCAUUGAAUGGUCGGAUCUACUAUGAAAUUAAACGUCGUUACAAAAGUGUUCUCCUACAACGACAUUCGAAUAAAAUCAAUGAACCGAUGACAACGACGACGAAUAACAAUAGUAUUUAUAACCGAAAGGUCAACCCGACAAGUAAUCGCUCGCGUUCGCCGAUAACAGUAACGUUAUGUGAUAGUGAUCGCCAAAUGGGCUCAUCAACAAUCAAUUGUACAGAAAACGAAAGUUUAAUCAUGUCGAAAACUGCAUCGAAGGCUUUGAUCAACAAAAAUGAAUCUAUCUUACGCAUUAAUUUCAAAGCGAAAAAAGCUCGUCCUCAAGUAGAAUCAAUGCAAUACACCGAGCUUCAACCUUCUACGUUAAAACGUACUUACUCCUAUGUCGAUCAAAACCCGUGUGCACAAGAUGAAUUAACGUGGUUAUCACAACAUCGUAAUUAUUGUCGUUCGUCGUUCUCUCAAAAAUCACCGGUGGUGAUACCGAAUUUCAAAUAUGCUCGGACUGAUUCUCACCAUCUUCAUGUAGAUCAACAUUUCCUUCGAUCGAGAAGCGAACAUAAAGCGCGUCGAUCGCAUUCGAGCAAACGAAAAAGUAAAAGUAAAAGUAAAAGUAAACGUAGUUCAGCCAAUUCGUCGUUACUCUAUCAGCAUCAACGCUAUCAAACAACGUUUCAUCAUGCAGCGUCAACCUGUCGUCGUUGUUCUCUGUUAAAUUCAACGAAAAUAUCACCUCCACCGCAAACGACUACAACAACGACAACAAUGAAUAUUUUCAAUCUCUGUCACUGUUGUUCAACUGCGCCGUCUGAAAUUACCAUUAAUUCGAACCAUUUCGUUAACAAUCAUGCUAUUUCAACUGCCAAUUGUGAACCGUACAAGCAAAUUCGAAAAAUCUCGUCGUCAUCGUCAUCUGCUAAUGCUGUUCCAAUUAUGACGAUUCGUAAGCAAGCUCAAUCGCCGAUAACAACUUCGAAUCGGAAUCGAAAUAUCAGUCCGACGAACUCGAAUCCACGUCCUAACGCACAAGCUUAUCACCUGGCAAAUAAAGCCAAACAAGUGACCGUCUGGAAUCAACAAGAGAAGGCGUUUCGACAACUAUUCGCCAUUGUCUUUGGUUUUACAUGCUGCUUCUUACCUUAUUUUAUCAUCUAUAUGGUCGUCGCAUUUUGCGGUUCGUGUGUAUCCGAACGCGUCGUCACAGCAACGAUUUGGCUCGGUUAUGUUAAUUCAACAAUUAAUCCAUUUCUGUACGCUUUGUCAAACAAACAUUUUCGAAGAACAUUCAACAGAUUAUUCAAAAGAGACAGCCGACGACAACUUUAUUAUAAUUAA